CUUCUCGCGCGUGGGCUCAGUUCCCCCUCACAGGGGUCCAGUUUUCCCGGGGGCGGGAGGACGCCAGGCCUCGGCCCCCGGGCUCGGAGCUCUCACAGCGCCGUGCACACGGCAUGGUGGGGGUCUGACGUGGCCCCCGGGGUCGGGGCUCUCACAGCGCCGUGCACACGGCGUGGGGGUCUGACGUGGCCCCCGGGGUCGGGGCUCUCACAGCGCCGUGCACACGGCGUGGGGGUCUGACCUGGCCCCCGGGGUCGGGGCUCUCACAGCGCCGUGCACACGGCGUGGUGGGGGUCUGACCUGUCCCCAGAGGAGAGGCGGUUUGAAAGCAGGGCCCUGAGCCGACGUGAGUGGACGGCAAAUCCCCCUCAUCCUGUGCACGGUUCCCCUGGCCUGUGGGCACAGGGGGGCUACCCCCAGCCCCACGUACCUAGGGGGGCAGGAUACUGCCUGUCAGGUAGUGUCAUCUCCCCGUAACACCGGGCCACCCCCGAGGCACAUACCAGACCCCAACCGGCCACACCCCCAUGACUAUUCGUUAAUGUUAAUGUAUCGCAAUAUGGUGAUGAACGGGGCACCGCAAAGGGUGCUGUGCAGGAGCCCGAGACAGUCCCCGCCGGAGGAGCUUACCCACUCCGCCCAGUUUCACAGUCAAACCCACGCGCCCAUCACCGUGUCUUCUUGGCCAGGUGUCGCCCGUCUCUGGGGCCUGGAUGCAAAUGGCUUCUUGGUGGGGUUCAUCAACAACAGUGAAAUGCUCCAGAGGGUCGGCUGGCGUGGGUGACUGUACUCCCGUGGCUGUGUGUGAGAAGGGGUUGAGAGUGGCUUGACUCUGCGUGCGUGUUUUUGUAGCACGUGUUUCCCUGGCGGGCUGAGUUUCUGCGUGUCGCUCUGUGCUUCAGUGUGUUUCUGUGACUGUGUUCGUGGUAUUCUGUUUCUAUGCGAUUGCGUGGGGGCUGUAUGUGUUGGAUCGGGUGCUCCCCCCUCCAGUGGUUGUCUUUGCUGUAUUAUUUUCGUAUCCCAUUUCUUUAGCCCGGCACGAGGAAGGAAACACUGCCACACGAGCCCUGUGCUCUGUAUUGCUACUGAUGAAAAGGAAGCUAUCUAUAAAGUGAAGAGGGGAGGAAGGGGAAAAAAACCCAGCACCCGGACUCCCAGCAUCCCUCUGCAAACAGCAUGGCUGCCCCCAGGAGCACCUGGGGAUCUCUCUGUCUUAAUGCAUCAGUGGAUACAUGGAGCUACUUCUACACUCAUCUGAUGUCGAUAUGGCUAAACAGGUUUUACAUCUACUCUUGUGCAGCUUUUGGCAUCGGUAUUUGGAUCUGCUUUCAGUUCCUUGCCAUCAAAGCCAAAAAGCAGGAUGAAAAAUCCACUGAGAAGCUAACUCCAUCUGAAGUUACACAAGAUGUGCUAAUAAAUGGAUAUACAAAGCCAAAGACGAAGGAAGUUUAUGUUACUGGGGUGAAGAUUUUCUAUGGCUCUCAGACUGGCACUGCUAAGGGAUUUGCAACAAUUCUUGCUGAAGCUAUUCUCUCCCGUAAUUUGCCUGCAGAAAUCAUUAACAUGAGAGACUAUGAUCCAGAUGAUUGUCUAGCCGAAGAGGCAACCAGCAAAAAUAUUUGUGUGUUUCUGGUUGCUACCUACACUGAUGGACAGCCAACUGAAAAUGCAGCAUGGUUCUGCAAAUGGUUAGAAGAGGCUGUGAAUGACUUCAGGUUUGGCAAAACCUAUUUGAAAGGCAUGAGGUACGCUGUGUUUGGCUUGGGAAAUUCAGUGUAUGUGGACCACUACAACACGGUUGGAAAAAACAUUGACAAAUGGCUGUGGAUGCUCAGUGCUAGUCGUAUCAUGACUCGUGCGGAGGGGGACUGUAGUGUAGCCAAAAGCGAGCAUGGCAGCAUUGAGGCUGACUUUGAUGCUUGGAAGGGCAGGUUCCUCGCAAGGCUCCAGGCACUUCGCAAAGGAAAGAAGAAGCCCUGUAGCGGAAACUGUAAGAAAGGCAAGUGCAAAUCGAAAGGGAAGCAGAGCAAGGAGGGAUCGGAUCAUGAGCAAAGGGUGUCAGAGCAGGAGAACACUGAGGUGGAGGAUUUAUUUGAAACCACCAGUGAGGAGGAGUCGGGCGCUGAGGAGGAUCGAAGCCGUAACUCUGUCAUUGAUGUUGAAGAUCUGGGCAAAAUUAUAGGUCACAUGAAGAAGGCCAAGAAAGAAUGUGAACUUGAGGAAGAAGCUGGCAAGACAGGUCCAUCUCAGCAGAGCAGUGGGAAAAAUGAGGAGAGUGAAAGGAGGGAGAUGAUCACUCCAGGUCUUAGAGAUGCACUUACAAAACAAGGUUACAAAUUGAUUGGAAGCCAUUCUGGUGUGAAGCUUUGUCGGUGGACAAAGUCGAUGCUGCGAGGUAGAGGAGGCUGCUACAAACACACUUUUUAUGGCAUUGAAAGUCACCGCUGCAUGGAGACCACACCGAGCCUAGCUUGUGCAAACAAAUGUGUGUUUUGCUGGAGGCAUCAUACAAAUCCAGUGGGCACAGAAUGGCGAUGGAAAAUGGACCAACCUGAAAUGAUCUUGCGAGAGGCUAUUGAAAACCACCAGAACCUGAUCAAGCAAUUUAAAGGUGUGCCAGGAGUGAGAGUAGAUCGCUUUGAAGAAGGGAUGGUGGUGAAACACUGUGCGCUGUCUCUGGUGGGAGAGCCAAUUAUGUACCCAGAAAUCAACACAUUCUUAAAACUGCUGCACCGGCACAACAUCUCCAGCUUCCUGGUUACAAAUGCACAGUUCCCUGUGGAGAUUAGGAACCUUGAGCCGGUAACGCAGCUGUAUGUCAGUGUGGAUGCUAGCACCAAAGAAAGCCUGAAGAAAAUUGACCGUCCCCUCUUCAAGGAUUUCUGGCAAAGGUUUCUAGACAGUUUAAAGGCUUUGGCUGAAAAGCAACAGCGCACAGUGUAUAGACUGACACUGGUGAAAGCUUGGAACGUGGAUGAACUCAAAGCCUAUGCUGAGCUGGUGUCCCUUGGUAAACCAGACUUCAUCGAAGUUAAGGGAGUGACGUACUGCGGUGAAAGCUCGGCCAGCAACUUAACCAUGGCCAAUGUCCCCUGGCACGAAGAGGUGGUGCAUUUCGUCCGGGAGUUGGCUGACCUGAUUCCAGACUAUGACAUUGCGUGUGAACAUGAACACUCAAACUGCCUCCUGAUAGCUCACAAAAAGUUCAAGAUCGAUGGAGAAUGGUGCACAUGGAUCGAUUAUGAUCGUUUUCAGGAGCUGGUCCAGGAGUAUGAAAAUAGCAGGGGAUCAAAGACCUUUGCCGCAGCAGAUUAUGUAGCCAAAACACCACACUGGGCAGUGUUUGGCUCCAGAGAGAGGGGCUUUGAUCCUUUGGACACUAGAUUUCAACGAAAGAACAAAACAAAGGACAUCUCGGGGUGUUGAUAUCACUCACCUGAUUGACAGAUAGAGCUGUUGUUUGGUUUUUCUUACUUAUAUAGCAUAACUUAGAUACAGAAUAUUUGCACAUAGCCCUGACCCUUGACAGCAACAAAAAGGCAAAAGCCGUUUGUAAUCUCUUCCCUUCUGUUCCUUCUAGCUCCGCGAUUUAAAAUAUUAGACACUUUUUAAUCUAGUACAAAUGAUCCAUAAAAGUAAUUUGUUAUAAUUGGCAUGGUGCCACGUACAUUUUAUUCUGUGUAUAGAUUUUGCAGUUAGAGAGUAACUGUGGCCCACACAAUUUAGUGUUACAGCUUUUAUUAUUUUGUUGCUCAGCUUUUUGGAGUGGAGAGAGCUGGCGCCUUCUUGCUUCCAGUUUCAACAUUUAAAUGUUCUGUUUCAAUAACAAUGCUAAGGAGAGUCGAAUUUUUCAGUGUAACUAUCCCCCUAGUUUGGUUGUCUGAGGGCAUGAAACUUGGGAGCUCUGGUUUUAAAAGCCUGACCCAUACCAGGAGCAUAAUGCCAUUGGCAGCACCUAAGAUUUAUGAACAUGUAUGUCAAACAGAAACACUCAUUGCUAUAAAAAAAAAAAAAUGAAUCUAGAGCCUGAUCCAGCAAGGUGGAGAGUAUCCACUGAAGUUAUAGAACACCUCUAACUAUGCUGGUAGCGUGAAGCCUUUAAAACAUGCCCAAGUGUCUUCCAACUUCAUGGAUUCUUAUAUUUAAUAUUUUCUAAAUAGUUGUGCCUCCAAACAAAAUGUGUUCAGUUUUGUAUGAACUCUUUUGGGCUAAAUUGUGCUCAUCGGAUUUGUGCACACUGUCCUAUUGAUUUCAGUGUGAGUUUUGAGUGAGGUAGGCUAUCAGUAUUUGAUCAUUUGAGUAAGCCGGCAGUGAAUUUUAAUUUGAAUCCCUGACCAGUAGGAAAACCUAAAUGCAUCAGGCCUUAAUAUUUAAAGAAUCAUUUCUGCCUUUGAAUGGAAAGACUGGAACGAUCAACAAUAUUUUGAAAUGACUAGGAAUAAGGCACCAACAGAAUCUCUUGAACCAAAUCAUUACUUGCAUUUUUGGCGGGGUAACGGUGGCUAAUCUUUGAGCCUAAGUGUCAGUGUGUUUGAUCAAAAUUGUCAGUUAUGGAUGAAGAGCAGUUUUGAUUCUAAGCAGUACAUUUGUUCAGGAAUAUUACAUAUUGUCUAAACCUUUCAACGGUUUCAGUUUUUGCGACAACUUCUGAUUGUGAUGGUAGAGUCUGGACUUGGGGACUUGUUGUGGCCUUCCUUACACCUGCAUAAAUAUAUAGUAACAACAAUGAAUUUGUCCGAGUUAUAAGUGUAAAACUGAUGUAAGUAAAAUCUGAAUCAGGUUUGGGAUUUUUGUUCGAAGAAAACUGUUGUCUUUUAUCAUAGAAAAGUAAAGGUCACACUGAUAUAUCUGUUGGAGAGACUGGACCACAGAUGGCUUUUUGGGAUAUUCUGAGAUAUUAAAGUAACUGCUACUGGGAAUUUACAUUUAAAUAAAGAUGGGUUUUGUUUACCACUGAGGAAACAAUGCUUUUGUAUUCCAACAAUCUGAACCAUUCUGUUUAUGAAAUAUGCUUGAGUGUGCUGCAUGAAAACUCCAUGCAAUAUCAAUAUGUCUGCUCAUGAACAAGUUACUAAGCCUCAGUGUGAAAAUAUCUAAGGCCAGAUUCUCAGCUGGUGUAAAUUGGAAUAGCUGCGUUGAAGUAUUGAUGCUGUGUUGACUUGGACCAGCUGAGGAUCGUGGGUUUAUUUAUAAUCUCCAUCUAUAUGGAGCUUAGACUCCUGUUGCAUAUGGCUACUAUAGAAUGGAGUUGUAUUUGAAUAUUUUCCACUUACAGCAAACUUGAAGGAGUAUAAUUUGCCUGUGCAGGUUAAACAAUACAAUUUCAGGCAUAUUAUGGCGAUGUGUUAAAGAGAGCUAUGCUUACUGCCAUGUUUUUAAGGUAUAUGCAUCUUUUAGAUGUGUUCUCUCAGGGUUCCCAGAGAAUGCCAUCAUGUAUCCUGACUGAAACCUAACUAUCUAACCUGGCUGUUUUAUGAAGGUUGUUGCUAUUUUUUAAUUUCUUUGUAACAGUAGCUGGUAUUUUCAAAAUUAGUAAUAUCCCUGCCUUACAGCUUGGAUAUGUUGGUAUUUGUGGGACUGUAAUUUUUUUAAAGUGCAAUUCUUAAACUGUAAAAAGUGAUUCAGAAAAGGCAGGAAAUAAAGUACUUGACUUUUCAAUGCAAUCUCUUGUGUGAUUGUGCACCAUUCACCAUUUUUUUCUAUAUGGAGACAUGAAUGAAACAUUUAAAAAAAAAUGUAAUGGGAAUUUAAAUGUUUGAGCUUUUGGGUUGCUUGUAGCGAAAAAGUGUGUGUGUGUGUGUGUGUGUGAGAGAGAGAGCGAGAGAGAGGUCUGAGCUAGUGUG